AUGAAUAAUCUUCAAAUACUUCAAAGUGCACGACGUGUACUUCAACUUCGAUCACCAGGAAUUCCCGCUGUUGCUGUUCGUCUACAAUCCGAUUCAGCUACUGGCGAUCGACCAUGGGAUAAAAGUACACGUGCAGUUGUCUAUGAAAUACCUGAUGUUGUUUCCCCAGCAGAAAAAAAAAGUCGGCUUUUAAGCGGUGUUGAUCCUCAUUCACCCACAGCUUUUGAACCUAAAAGCGAUAAGAAUGCUGCCAAAGGCCGUCUUGCUGGUGCUCAUUUCGAUUUACGUAUGGAAAAUUGGGAACGUAAUCAAAACAAAGAUUUUCGUUCACAAAUGAGACAAUGGGAUAUUCAACAGCAAGCUUUCAAAACCUCACGCUUAAUUAAACAUCAAGAAUAUGGAACGUUCAGUUCAAAUCGUGGAAACAUUAGCGGACGUCCAUCACAUUCGAAUUCAACACCAGUGGAUUUUCAUGAAACAUCGAAAACAAAAUCAUUUGAUGAAGGUCAUCAACAUCUUUCAAAGCCGGGAACACAACCAGCGAUAACACCAUCAGCAUCAUCACAUUAA